AUGCGUUUCUCCGCCUUCGUUGCUCUUGCCCUCUUCACCGCUGUUGCCCAGGCCGGCAAGCGUGGUCUCACCUGGACAUUUUCGCGUACAGACAACAGCCCUCUUGACCCUGGUGUCUUCAACAACGGUGAUGGCCAGGUCGUCGCAAUUUACGACUAUGAAACCUUUGCGCCCCCUUCUAAGAACGGUGCCGGAGGUCUUGCCUUCAUUGGCAUGCAACGCUGUUUGGAUUGUGAUUCCAGCCCUAUCUCUCAACUCGCUACUCGUCAGCAGCAGCAGGGCUGGGCUACCGUCUUUACGCUGAACGAGCCAGAUGUUAACGGAAUCACCCCUCAACAAGCGGCGACUUGGUAUCAGCAGAACAUCAACCCGCUCGCGAUCAAGAAGGCGCUUCCUGCUAUCACUUCCAGCGCAAACGCGAACCAGGGCCUCGACUGGCUCCACCAGAUGAUUUCCGCGUGUGCGGGCAAUUGCUUCUUCGAUUAUAUCAAUCUUCACCAUUACGGCCCCGACUUUGCGACCUUCCAGAGCUACGUUGAGCAAGUCCACGCUCAGUUCCCUGACAAGCAGAUCGUUAUCACAGAGUUCGCCCUGCAGAACCCCCCCGGCGGCCAGAACGACCAGGUCAACUUCUACAAGCAGGCGUUCGCGUACCUCGACGCCCAGCCCUUCGUCAACCUCUACUUUCCCUUCGUCGCGACGUCGCCCUCGCUUCUCCAGGCCAACGAUGCCGCCGCCGUCUCCUUCGUCGGCACCGGCUCGUGUUUGUACAACAACGAUGGCAGCCCUUCUGCUGUUGGCAACCUCAUGUACUAG